CGAAACGAUCGUCGGUGGAAACGGUUAAAGGAAAUGGGAAUAUCGAUUUAGCGAUCUUUAGCGUUUAUUAGUGAACGUCAUGUAUAUAUAUAUAUAUGGUGGAAGGUUAGGUGACUGGCAUGUUGGUCAUAUCAUAGUAGUGUUAAACAGUAACCGUCGUCCAUUGCGGUAUCGUUAAAGUAACAAGAAAGAUCUAGAAGAUCAAUCGUUCUGUAAUUUGGAUUCCAACUGAACGAACGAAUGAAGGAAUGAACGAACGAUCGAUAGGUCGAUCGAUCGGCCGAUCGAUCCAACAGGAAACCACAAGAGCUGACUAGAAAGAAGAUUUAAAAGGAUUAGAAAGGGAAAAGGGAAUGUGAACCGCGCCCACGAAGAUAAAUCGGUGGAAAGGCAAAGAGGUGGCGUUGUUAUCGGUCGGAGGGGGACUACCCGGAGAGUGAAAAAGAUAACAAAAAGAAGAGAAAGAAGAGAGAGUGAAAGAGAGAAGAGAGAAGAGAGAAGAGAGAGAGAGAGAGAGAGAAAACGACAUCGAGUAAGUAGUGUUGGUCGUUGACGUUGGCGUUCGUAGACAAUCGUUAAUUUUCGUAUGAAGUCGGGUUUGCGAGGCGGGGUUUAGGCGGGGUCGAUACGCGACCUAGCGCGUUUUCUCUUCGCUUCCGUACAGCGUCGUUCUAAUCGCAGAGCCGUAUCGAAAAGCGAACAGUACUACUCGGCUAGUAUCGCCGUUGCUCGGCGCCACCGCCGACGCCACUGUGUGCUCGCGAUUCUCGUCCUCUCCCUGAGAAGAGAUUAAGUGAAGUCAACAUGGAGGCCUGUGAAAAGAAACCACUGGUUAAAAAUUUGAAUGAACAUAUCGUCUGUCCACUCUGCAGGGGCUACCUCGUUGAUGCUACAACCCUCACGGAGUGUUUACAUUCUUUUUGCAGAGGAUGCAUUGUCAGACGUUUGAGUAGCGGUGCCCGAUUGUGUCCUGUUUGCAACGUAUCAGCAUCCCCACCACUUUUACCGGAUGCACGACUACAGAGAUUGGUGUAUCUGGUUGUUCCGGGUUUGUACCGUUCGGAACUCGAACGCAGACGACACUUCCGUUUGGUAAAUCCACAAUGUCCGCCAUUACCGCAACCGUUCGGUGCAUUGGAGCUAACAUUGGACGAUUUGGUUAGUUUGAGUCUUCGAGAAUUGACUGAUACAAAUAAUGACGAUAUUAGAGGAGAAAGAUCGUCGAAAAUGGGUUUGGAAGAGAAUAAGGGUAACGAGGGAUGUAAUAUUCGGGAACCUACUACGAGAUAUAUGAAAUGUUCGGCAGCCGUGACGGUCCGUCAUUUGAUUCGUUUGUUAACCUCAAAAAGAGGCUGGGAAGAAACUAAUUCCGGAGUUAACGUUAUUAAUAGGAUUGAAAUGACGUGCGAGGAUUACAACAAAGGUUGUGGUGAUCAUUGGAAACCAAAUGUUUUGGAAAUGUCUUGGACGUUGUUGGACUUGGCUUGUAUUUUCGGAUGGAAACAGGAGGCGCCAUUGAAAUUAUUUUAUCGUAUCGUUCGCAAGGAAGAAACAACAACGGCAUCAACUUCCAAAUCAAAUCCGUGCAACGAAGAUACGAAUAAGGACGGUCCUACGAUAGAAAAUAUUCAAAGACCACCAACCCCGCCGCCGAGUCCGAAGCCAGUUCAAGAAAAUGAAGUUGAAUCACGUCGUACGUUUGGAACCGGCACGGAAACAGUUCCUCCACCUCCGCCUCCUCCUCCUCCUCCUCCUCCUUCUUCUUCUUCUUCGUCUAUUCCUUCACGUGCAUUGGAAAGUACGAAAGAACGAGACAAAGAGACGAAAUCAAAGAAACCCCGUUGCGAGGUAACACCAGUGAUGAGAGCUCCGGAUCCCGUAGGCAUCCCGUCGUCGGUCACGAUGCAACAGAACAAUAAUAAUCAUGCUUCCGAGAGUUCAAGGACCAAGGAAUUAGCUAGGUUGGAACAUCGGAAGCGAAGGAAACGACGAAACAAACGAGUAAUCGCGGAAAUAACGACUACGCCGAGAGAGGAUCUCCUUAAGUUGAAGGUCAGGUUAACUCCUUGUCCACCGAGAAUUACUUCGAGCAAUAACGGCGGUCAAGCUAAAGAGAAAUUAUUACAAAUGAGGGCCGUAAGACGAGAAAAGAUCAAGGCAAGCGCAUUGAGUCAACAACGUUCGGUUAAUUUACUGAAAGAUGAUAAUAAUAUUGUCAAGGAAAAUCUAAUGGAAUCCGAAGAAACGAUAGAGGAUAUCAUUGAUUGUAUACCGGACGAGGUGGUACGCGUAGCACAAAACAUUCCCGUACCACCGCAGGAUGAAAAGAAAUCUAACGAAAAAAAGGAUAAUCAAAAAUCGUCAGCCAAAUUAUCGAUUCGUCAGAAGGAAGACACGCAGAUCGAGACGCGUAAAUUGUCUAUCGAAGAAACCAAAGGAACGACAACAACGUUAACAACGACGACAACUACAUCAUCAACAGCAGCAGCAGCAGCAGCAGCAACAACAGCAAUAACAACAAUUCCAAUUGAACGUCCAAAGAAAGACGAAGAAAUUUUACGCAGGUUAGGUUUGGUCAAGAUAAACGAGGCUAACGAAUCGACGCGGGAGAAAACGAAACAACGGGGCCAAAAUUAUAACGACAAGCCUAACGAUCUUGAUCGGGAAAAAUUGGAAAAACAAUUGCGCGAGAGUAAAGCCAAUCGGGUUAGGAGUUUAUUAGCGGAAAAACAAAUGCGCGACGCUUUGAAAGGUAUAAUGUCGACGAAAACGAAAGAAGAAGUUAAUAAUACAUCGUCGAGUUCGAUGCAAUUAACAACAACAGCAGCAACAGCAUCAGCAUCACCAUCAUCAUCAACAACAUCAACAACAACAACAACAACAACAACCGGUAAUACAAUUCCCUGCCCAAAAAAGAAGGGUCCACCUCCGUUGGCACCUUUACGAGCGGUCAAACCUUCCUCCUCCUCUUCUGGAUUCACCGUGACGAGUACAAUGGUGGAUUCGAACAACCCAAAAUACGAGACACCUUUAGAUCUGAGCAGCGGUGGCGGUGGCAGUGGUGGGACUGUUAACGACAACGUACUCGAUUUGUCAUCGACGUUGCAGAGUUCCUCCGUAGGUUUUUCAGCGUCAUCAGCAUCCUCCUCGCCAUCUUCUUCUUUUUCCUCCUCAAAUUCAUCAUUAUCCUCCUCGUCCUUAUCUUCCUCAUCUUCUUCUUCUUCGUCUUCUUCUUCAUCAUCUUCUUCUUCUUCAUCUUCGUCUUCGUCCAUCUGUAUACCACCUUCUUUGCCUUUACUCAGACCCCAACAAACCAGCCUCAAUAUGGGAAGCUUCAUUCGCAAAACUAAGGAAACGGAACAACGUAAAGGACAAGAUACUAAUCUACGAACAUUAUCGGACGCUGCUGUUUCACGUCUAAGCGGGUGCAUCAACGACAAGAAUUCAAUGGUGGAACCACUUCUACUUGGCUCUAAUAGUAUCGCUGCGAGCAAGGUUGCAUUACGUAUCCCACAACCACAUCAUCGGUUAUCGUCUAAUUAUGGUAUGAAAAAUAAACCAAAUCUUGGUAUAAGACACAUACCUAAUCCACAAGCUGUUGUUGCUUCUCAAUACAGAAAUCAAAGAGCCAUUUAUUUCAACAGCCUUUCCCAGCAUCCGCCGUAACACCUAUCGUCAUUCGUGGAUCAUUUAGCCACGUAGGCUUUUACCAAGCCGCACCUAUCCUUAUUAUUAUUAUUAUUAUUAUUAUUAUUCAUCCGCCUUCUUAUCUUUCUUUCUUUUUUUUUUUUCUAUCUAAUAUAUAUAUAUAUAAAAGAAAUACCAAAAGAACAUUCCUAUAACAUUAAUCAUGUCGCUCAAAUAUUAUAAUAUUUAUCUAUUAUGCCUAAAAAAACAUCAUAUAACAUAUAAUAGUUUAAAUGUAAAUGUCGCCGAGUGGUGUUGUGUAAAAUAUCUGCAACUAAAAAUCCUAACUUCCCGAUUAUAUUAAAUAUCAAAGAUUUUACCUAACUCGUAUGCGAUACAAACUGCCAAUUAAGAAAUGAAAUAACGAAUAUUCUUAUUCUUACGGUGAUAUCGCCUAGAUAUUUUUUUUUCCUUUGUAACAAUGUGUUUCCUAUAACGCUAUAUAGUAUAGCAUGCGUGCAUGAUGGUCUCUCUCUCUCUCUCUCUCUCUCUCUCUUGUGAUAAAACCGAAUAGUAACAUAAUAACGUUCGAAUUUCAAUUCCAAAGCAAAACUUUAUUCAGUUAUCCUAUUUUUCUUUUUCUUUUUCUUUUUUUUAUUACAAAUCAACACAAAUAUAUUUUUAAAUAAUAUACUUUCUUUUAUUAACCCAUUUUUAAACGAACAGGUAACAUUCGAUAUGGGAAAAUAAUCGAUUUGUACUUUUUUUUUUUUUGUUUUUUUUUUUUUUUUCGAAUGAAGCUCAAUUCUAAGAUUCGAAUGGGUUAAAAAUGUUCAUUUAAUUUACAAAAUAUUAUUAAAAUAUAUUUGUAUAAGAAUAAUAAUAAUAAUGAAAUAAAGUAAAACAGAACGAGAAAAUACUUUCCUACGAGACGAACAAACCAAACCAAAAAAAAAAUAAAAUAAAAUAAAAUAAUAAAAAAAAAAGAAGAAAGAUGAUCGAUAUAUUAUUAUAUCGUUCGAAAGAUCUAAGACGAAUUUUUCUCGUUUUAUUAUUAUUAAUUAUCUCCCCGCGCGUUUUAUGUGAUAUAUUAAUUAAUUAUUUUCGUUGGAAAAAAAACCCACAAAAAAAAAAACAAAAAAAGGAAAAAACAAUUUAUAUUAUCGUCAUCGCUUCCUCAACCCUCCCCAAUCCCCACCCCCCUACCGGUGCGUUAUUAUUGAAAAGCACACGGGGGUGUCGUGCAUAUCUACUUUGUCGUCUUCGUUGAAAAAAACCGAAAACGCCAUCGAGAAACCCGUAUUGUUACUGUAUACCUAGUUAAUAUAUGUGUGUGUACGCGUGUAUGUGUGUGUGUGUGUGUGUUAAGCGUUACGAAGAUGACGAAAAAUAAACGAUAGAAUGGGGUACAGGGGGGAGGGAAGUGAGGGUAGUUAGGGGAAAAAAAAAAUUAAGAAUAA